CUCGGAGGCGGCGGCGAGUAAGGAUUCAUUCAUCAUGGCGUCUGUAGAGCAGUUGGAGUCGGAGGAGGAGGUGGAGCGCUUCGAGCCUUUCUUCUAUGACAGUGAGGAUUGGGAUGCCUGGGCGGAGGAGGAGGUGGAGAGGCGCCGGCGGGAGGAAGAGGAGAAGGCGCGGAGGAUGGAGGAGAACCGGCGGAGACGCGAGGCACACGAUGCGGUCAUGGACUCCAUCAUCCAGCACGAUCCCAAGGUGGGGCGCGACGUCUACACCCGAUUCUUUCUCAGAGAUUUCUCCGUCUUUGACAUCAACGAAGAGUCGUCUGUCCCUCCAAUGCGAUACACCGAUAGUAUCUACCAAGAUGAAUUUGGGCUAGAAGACUCUGCAAACAUCCUCUCUGUCAGCAUAGUCUCCUCAGAUGUAGGCUUCCCAGUCAAUGUCUAUGGCCGUGUCAUUGCCAGAGACAGCAUUGACUACAAGUGCAUUUAUCUCUUUCACCGCAAUAGAGAUGAUUGCCAGCAUCUCAACAAGGAUGGAAUGCUGAUUUUAACUGGCCCAUAUCGAGGUCUAGUGCUGGUUGAUUUCAUCUAUCUAGAGAUAGAUCUUAAAAUAAGGGAAGAAGGAGUUCCAGACAGGCCAUUUAGCAAGGGUCUAAUAAGCAUUGAUGGCCGAGUACUGUCUAGAGAGAAAGAUGUCAUGGUUAGAAGUGAAACCCUUGAGAGCUGGCUCAGCACUACAGAAGUGAGAUUCACAACUGUCCUGAAUGCAGUCGAGUGCACCUUUGAAAUCAAGCUCAUUGAGGGGCUUUUUAAAGGAAAUAUAACAGUUGGCAUCGCGGAUAAAGCUCGCAAGCUGGACAAUGAACAAACGAUUGUGAUUCAUGAUAGCACAGCAGAUGGCGUGGUUACAAGUGAUGAAACUUCACAAGCUCCACACAAUGGUCCUUAA